UUAAAUAUAAAUAGUGCAAAAGGCCUGUAGCUGAAAGUGCUCCUGAGCUGCCUCAGCUCAGUGUAGAGAGGAUGAGAGGGGUUGUCCAUGAGGGGAACAUAAACACUCAUGUACAUUGUGAGAUUUGUCUACUAUCCGCAUUUCCUUUUCAUCAACGUAAAAGCUCUGAUGGAAUAAAUAGCAGCUGAACCAGGUAAAAACUGGCUGUAAAUUGCCUGAAACACGAAUGACCUUUGGAAAUGAGUCAUACCAAAAGCACACAAAUGAUGCAGAUGAAACUGUUGUUUAUGCUUCCACAUUGAAUAUAAAACAUUUGCUCUACAUAUUCUGCAUGUCCACAGGGACCCAAUCAUAGAAUGAUUAGUGUUCACACUUUGGGCUAUUCUAAGUAGCCUCAAUCAAAGACAUAAGCAUGUCGAGCAACAGGGAGGUCACAUGACCAUGAGGACACAUUUAACAGAUUUUAUUAACACAAAAUGUUAUUACAUAUCUGCUUAGCUAUCCUGAGAUACAUGACAGGCUGUCAAAACAAACUCUAAUCCUGCGUGUGUUUUCUCUCUGCAGGGAUAAUCAACUUGACUGAAACAUUGAUAAACACACUUUCCUUUUCUCCAGGCCUCUUUGUACAGAGCCUCCAGUAUCAGUUCUUGAAGCAACCAUGUGUGUUGGCUAUAAACAUAGGUAGGGACAUGACUCAGGUCUGACCCUGGAGAUGCCGAAAAGACGAGACAUCGUUGCCAUUGUGUUGAUCGUGUUGCCUUGGACACUGCUCAUCACUGUCUGGCACCAGAGCACCAUCACUCCUCUGCUCGCUACUCGAAAGGAUGACAGACGUGAUGGUCGCUCCAACUCCAGAAACACUUUUGCUUUCAAGGAGUCCUGCUCACUUCAGAACCGGGACAUCGUGGAGGUGGUGCGCACUGAGUAUGUCUACAGCCGGCCUCCGCCCUGGUCUGACAUCCUGCCCACCAUCCACGUCAUCACUCCCACCUACAGCCGGCCGGUGCAGAAGGCAGAGCUGACGCGUCUGGCCAACACCUUGCUGCACGUGGCCAACCUGCACUGGAUCCUGGUGGAGGACUCCCAGAGGAGGACCACUCUGGUCAGCCGCCUCCUCCUGGAGACAGGACUCAACUACACUCACCUCAAUGUGGAGACGCCUAGGAACUAUAAGGUACGGGGGGAUACUAGGGACCCCCGAAUACCUCGGGGUACUAUACAGCGGAACCUGGCCCUGAGGUGGCUUCGGGAAACCUUCAGUGUAAACAGCAGUCAGCCUGGGAUUGUCUACUUUGCAGAUGAUGACAACACGUAUAGUCUGGAGCUGUUUGAGGAGAUGCGUUCCACCAAAAAGGUGUCAGUGUGGCCCGUGGCCUUUGUGGGUGGCCUACGGUACGAGUCCCCUAAAGUAAACACCUUGGGCAAGGUGUACGGCUGGAAGACUGUAUUCGACCCACACCGGCCCUUUGCCAUCGACAUGGCUGGGUUUGCAGUGAACCUACGCCUCAUUCUGUCUAAACCUCAGGCUUAUUUCAAGUUGCGUGGGGUGAAGGGAGGUUACCAGGAGAGCAGUUUAUUAAAGGAGCUGGUCACUCUCAGUGACUUGGAGCCUAAAGCUGCUAACUGCACUAAGGUAUUAGUAUGGCACACACGGACUGAGAAGCCUGUGCUAGUAAAUGAGGGCAAGAAAGGAUUUACAGACUCUAAUGUUGAGAUAUGACAUACUUCAUCUGACACAGGGGAGGCAGUUCUCCAUGGGAUUCUAUCUGGAUUCAAACCAACCUCAGAGCUCCUUGAAGCAAUAGCCACGGUCAAAAACAUUCACACAGCACAGUAGCUGUACUUCACCACAGCUUAGAAAUGGAGGCACAGCUGUCCAAAUCGAGAGGCAGCACAGGCCAUGUGCGUGAACCGACCAGAGUAUCAAAGCACAACUGCACAAAAACAAACAGGCCUGUUCUGCUCGGAGCACAGGCUGAUGCGAGACGCUGGUAGGAUUCGCCAAAAGGAGUUUGUCCACUGAGGUCUCCAAGGGGAGUUGAGACAAAGGAUGUUACGCGAAACUUAAACUGCAGGAAGAGAUGGCACAGCAAGCAAUAAAGAGCCCUCUGAGCGCAGACAACACCAGCCAACCAUCCAAUUAGCAUUAAAUUGGGCCCUUUUGUUCUGAAGCGAGCUGGCUGUCCGGCACAGGGCUGCACAGAGGAAUAAAAGGGGUCCUUGUCUGAAGUGAGUCAGCACUGACUGACAGACUGCACUGAGGGGAUCUGAGCCCUCCCCACUUGUACUGUACAACACUGAGCUAUUUAGAUAGCACCCUGAACCCAGCACUAAUUAGGAGUCCUGUUACUCCUCAACACACAUUCACACAUGCUCAACUGUCACACUGCGCAUGAGGAGCACACAGACACACAUGCACUCAAAAACACAGAGCAAUGAUUUAUUACAGUGUAACAGCAACGUCCUCUCUCGCAGUCAUUUACUCUAAGCUCUUGUUUAUUCCUGAUAUGCUGUAACAAUACUGAGGUAUACUCAUAUUUAAGAGAAGAUUCAGUAUUCCCAGGGGCUUGUCCACUUCACAGGCUUCUUCAUAAGCUAAUUACGAUCCCACCGAGUAAACUGGCAGUUUCUCAGCAGAAUUAUUUAUUGUUUCAGACUAACUGGUACCAUUCACUUGUUAGUCGUAAGCUUUGCUUGUGAGAGUCAAUGGGAUAUGAGGCCAUUACUCUCAAAAUUGGAUGUGCAUCCUUUCAAAUGGCUGUAUUACACAAUCUAAUUAUUCCCACCAUGGAUGGCUGGCUUGCAAGUGGUGAUUUCAUACCCCAUUGACCUGCAGUGGCACUGCUUACAAAUGCUAAUGUUUCUCAGACUCUGUGAAUGUUCAAAGUUUGGUCUGUUAUCAGUGUGACAGGCAUCUGAAGCCUUUAAGAUAAGUGUCUGAUGUUGAUACAAUGCGGCUUGUGUUUCCUUUGAAUCAGCCCUGCCUCCGCUCAGAUUGUCCCAUAAGCCUGUUUUUUGUUCUGUUGUACAGGCUAAGAUGUGUCCAUUUAAGUAACAGCAUUCUGCAGAAUAUUCUCACAAGCAAUACAAACCUAACAACAAUUUGAAAUAUAACUGCCACAAACAAAAAUGAUUACUGUUUAACUGAGACUCCAUGGGUAAGAGGACAUGUUUGGUAAUUCUGCUGUAAUGUGUAAAGAAU